GUCAAAUGUAUCUCCAGAUGUUUCAUUUCAUUAUAUAAACAGGCCAUCUACCCCUCCGCGUCACAGGGGGCCAGUUUCUCUUCGCUGCCACACCACACUCAUUGUCUCCGUCGCACGCCAAUCCAGUACACGCUAAAAUGCGCCACGCCACCACCGUCGGGUGCCUGCUCGUCUGCGGCGCUCUUCUCCUGCUCGUCCGGACGACCCCAGCCAUGGCAUGGCGUCCCUGGCCUCACCAGAGAACUAGCGGCUCAGAUCUCAUCCUGGGCGGCUCCAAGAAAUACGAGGGCUCGUCGGAGCUCAUCCACCUGAAGUACCACAUGGGCCCCAUUCUCACGGCCAACAUCACCGUCUAUCCCAUCUGGUACGGCACGUGGCGCAAGGCCCAGAAGAAGAUCAUCCGCGAGUUCAUCAGCUCCAUCUCGGCCCUCCGUCCCAAGCGCCCCUCGGUGUCCGGGUGGUGGAGGACCGUCCAGCUGUACACCGACCAGACCGGCGCGAACACCUCCCGCUCGGUCCGGCUCGGGGAGGAGAAGUCCGACCGGUUCUACUCCCACGGCAAGUCGCUGACGAGGCUCUCCGUGCAGUCCGUGAUACAGAGCGCGGUCACGGCCCGCACGCGCCCGCUCGCGACGAACCCCAGGGGUGGGGUCUACCUGGUGCUGACGGCGGACGACGUGUACGUCCAGGAUUUCUGCGACAACGUGUGUGGGUUCCACUACUUCACUUUCCCUUCGAUCGUGGGGUUCACGCUCCCGUACGCGUGGGUGGGCAACAGCGCAAAGCUGUGCCCGGGGGUGUGCGCCUACCCCUUCGCGGUGCCGGAGUACAUGCCCGGGCGGGAGCCGCUGAAGCCACCGAACGGCGACGUGGGCGUGGACGGGAUGGUGAGCGUGAUUGGCCACGAGAUCGCCGAGCUGGCGACGAACCCGCUGGUGAACGCCUGGUACGCGGGUCAGGACCCGAGCUUCCCCGUGGAGAUCGCGGACCUGUGCGAGGGCAUUUAUGGAACGGGGGGCGGUGGGUCCUACACGGGGCAGAUGAUGGAGGGCCCAGAUGGGGAGACGUACAACAUCAACGGGAACAGGAGGAGGUUCUUGGUCCAGUGGGUGUGGAACCCUGUGGUCGGUUAUUGCGCUGGGCCUAAUGCGCUCGAUCAGUGAGCUUUUGUCUUGCAAAAUACCAUCUUACCUUUUCAUCGUCUUUUGGCCGUUAUCUUCUGUUUUAUGUGCUGUUGCUUUUGUCUGGGUAUCUAAUCGUGGCAGUUAUUGUCGAACAUGUCGGAAAAGAGGAUGGUCGGGAGGUAGUUAUACUUCAACAUUUGCAUGUCGCCGAUGAAUGACCGGAUGGUUCGCCAAUCGUUGUCCGCUUGUUUACAAGAUAUUUUCUCCUAUUGAGAAGAGUUAU